CAUAUCAGGUACCCAGUGCUCUUUGUUUUACAGGUGUGUAGCUCCGUGUGAAAUAGUGUAUGUGGUUGUUGAUCUGACAGUGUAUUACCUGAGAAAAAACGAGCUGUAUAUUCCACAACAGCGACUCUGGGGGCGUAACGCUUCAGGCUCCAACCAAAACAUUGUUCACGUGACCUGAGAAGUAGACGUUCCGUCGGUCGGUGCCUAAAUAAGCGUUGUAUAGGCACAUUCCGCUCCCGGCAGGUCUGAGAACAUAUAUUUCUGGUCGAUGUUGUCUUUUAGGAAUUCGCAGGAUUUCUUUAGGCUAUACGUUUAUUUUUAAGUAAGUCCUGAGGUGGGGUCCAUAAAGAUUUCAGCGAGUAGCUGGCGUCUGAGUUGCAGCUAGCUUCUGUAGCCUUGUUUCACGUAGCCAUGUGGCUUGGUCAAUCGGAUCAGUUUCUUGACUUCUUGGAAAAGCCCUGGAUUUGAGUCCACAGCUUCCCCAAGCUGACCACUGGAGCUUGUCGAUAGAUGGAUAACGUGAAGAAAACGUGAUUGGAAAUGAACGUACUUUUUGUGAAAGAGGUUCUUAUUGAUGAAGUAGCCAACAUUGUAAGCAGAGCAUUCAGUAGAGAACGCAUUUUUAGAGAUCGACAAGACCCUUUAGCACAUCCAGAUGAUUAUUUGUACGAUCAGUAUCGAUUUAGUCGCGAAGGAAUUAUUUACUUACAACAGUUAUUAGGACGCCACAUUGCAAACCAAACGGAGCGGAGUGCAGCCUUAACCGGGGUACAGACACUUUGUAUAGGGCUUCGCUUCUUUGCCACAGGGACAUUUCUUUAUGCUGUUAGUGAUGCUGAAAAUAUCUGUAAAUCCACUGUAUGUCGUGCCAUCAGAAGAGUCUACCUUGCUUUGAAAAGGUAUGUCAGUGUGUUUAUCAGAUUCCCCGGCCAUGCAGAAGUGGAUAUAAUCAAGGAAGGUUUCUAUGCAAUGGCAGGCAUUCCGAAUGUCCUUGGUGUGGUAGACUGCACCCAGAUCCCCAUUAAAGCACCGCCUGGUCCGCAUGAGGGCGAUUACAUUAAUACAAGGGCCUUCUACAGCAUCAACGUGCAGAUGAUCUGUGACUCUACAUGUGUCAUCACUAAUAUUGAGGCAAAGUGGCCUGGUGCUGUUCUUGAUGACCGCAUCUUCAACGAGUCCAGCCUGUGUGCCAAAUUUGAACAAGUGUGCAGUCCCACAGGUCAUUAUGAUGGCAUCCUUUUAGGAGACACAGACUACACCUGCAGGACCUUCUUCAUGACUCCCUACCCUGACCCCAGCCCUGGGCCACAAGCGCACUUCAAUGCAUCCCUUGCAAAGACGAGAUCUAAGAUUGUAACGACUUUAGGGCAGCUAAGAGGAAGGUUUCAGUGCCUGAAUGGCCUGAGGGUCGUACCAGAUAGGGCCUGUGACAUUACGGUGGCAUGUGCAGUACUGCAUAAUAUUGCAACAAUAAGGAAAGAGAGCACUCCGCCUGUCUGCCAACCACCUGAUGAUGACAUUGAGUCUCUGUACCUGGAUGAGCCUGAUGGUCAAGCUGUGAGGGACAGGAUUGCUGCCCAGUAUUUUGGUUAAACAUUUCCCCCCGUCUUUGGUCAGAUUCAAAGUGACGAGGUUAUUUUCUUAAGGAAAUCUCAAGAGACAUUUAUUAAUAAAACACUUUUUUAUU